CUUUGUUAUUAAUGGUUACUCGACUAUAUAUAGCCUAGAAAGAUCCAAUUCUUCUACUCAACCAUUUCCCUAGUACUCUUGAUCAUUCAUUAAGAAAUUAUUAAAAUUUGAUUUCAAAGAAAUGGGUCUAAAGUCCAAAUUGUCCGCUCAGUUUGAAGUGAAGACUAAACACGAUGUGUUUCUUGAUGUCUUUAGUCACAAAGCAGGCCAUGUCUCCACCAUGUGCCCAGUGCAUAUACGAAGUGCUGAGCUUCUUGAAGGAGAUUUUGGAACUGUUGGCUGCAAAGUUUGUUGGAAGUAUACCCAUGAUGGGAAAGAGAUGAUUUCCAAGCAGAUAUCUGAAGCUAUAGAUGAAGAAAAAAAGACUAUGAUAGUAAGGGAAUUUGAAGGAGAUUUAGCGAAUGAAUAUGAAAACUGGAAGUUAACUCUCCAUGUUAAUGCAGAAGGUGAAAAGAAUUUAGUCUGUUGGACUAUGGAGUAUGAAAGGCCCAAUGAGAACAUCCCUGAACUAACAAAUCUGUUGCAGUUUAUUAUUGAUUUUACCAAAGCUGUUGAUGACCACCAUGUCAAGCAAAAUUGA